AAUUUGCGAAUUCGCUGGCAUUCGGCUUUGAGUUUUGUGUUUUGAAUCCUGAUUUGAGUCAGGACGUUUUAGGCAUCCUCUUCCAGUGUGCGUUUACGAUGCUGAUUCGUAAUUGUCUUUUGUAUACGUUGUGUACGCGCUGCACCUCUCUCCUCUCGCUCUCCCGCUCUCCCUUGUCUUUAGUGUGUGCGCCUGUGUGCGUGUGAGUGAGUGAGAGUUUCGUGGUGGGAAAAUAAUUAUUGAAACAAAUACAACAAAUACAUUUGCUUAGUAUUUUGUCAAGUGACCGGCAAGAAAGCCAAGAAGCACGGGCUUCAAGAAAAAGUGUCGCCGAGGCGGAUUAAACUUGAAUUCUUUGUGCGCAGCUGCAGGAACGUCAAGAUGCGUCAGUUUAACAUCUCGGUCAUUGGACUAUCCGGGACCGAAAAGGACCGCGGCCAGGUGGGAGUGGGCAAGUCAUGCCUGUGCAACAGAUUCAUGCGCCCGAUGGCCGACGACUACUUCAUCGAUCACAUAUCAGUGCUUAGCCAGAGCGACUUUAGUGGCCGGAUCGUAAACAAUGACCACUUCCUCUACUGGGGCGAUGUGCGCAAGACGACGGAGGAGGGCGUCGAGUACCAAUUUAAUAUCAUCGAGCAGACGGAGUUCAUGGACGACUCCACAUUCCAGGCCUUUAAGGUGGGAAAGAUGGAUCCAUACUCGAAGCGCUGCACGGCCACCAAGGUGUUCUCCGCGGAGAAGCUUAUGUACAUAUGCAAAAAUCAGUUGGGCAUUGAGAAGGAGUACGAACAGAAGGUCAUGCCCGAUGGCCGGCUCAGUAUCGAUGGCUUUGUGGUCGUCUUCGAUGUGAGUCCAGUGCCCAAUCGCAGUGUGGAGAAGCAGGUGGAGUUCGUGCAGAAUGUGAUCGCCACCAUACUGAAGAACAAGAAACCCCUGGUGCUGGUGACCACAAAGAACGACGAUGCCUAUGAGUUGUAUGUUCGCGAGGCGGAGAAGAUUAGCCAGCGAAAGGAUUACAAGAGCACCGUGCAGCUAAUUGAGACGUCGGCCCACGAGAGCAUCAACAUCGAUUUGGCCUUCCUCCUGCUCGCCCAGAUGAUCGACAAGGUUAAGAAUCGGGUCAAGAUCAUCUCGUAUCAGGAGUCGGCCAAGUCGCGCAAAGAACUGCUGGACACACGAUCCGAGGCGGUGACGCGACUAAUUCGCAACCAGAUUACCGACUAUCAUGUCCUGUGGUCGCAGGGCUCCAAAAUGCUGUCGCAAUACCGCGAGUGGAACGAGUUCCUCAACAUAUUUGGUCACGAGGCUGGCCAGAAACUAUUCCGGCGACACAUGAAAAAGCUGCGCGACGAUCAUCUAAACAAGAAACUGCAUCAGUACUUGGACAAGUUUGCCCUGGCCCUGGAGUACCUGCUGCCGGACAUUGGGGCAUUAAAUAUCAGCGAUGACGAUGCUUGGGAGUGCGCCAGGAACUAUCUGCAGAAUCACAUCGAGUUCGAGCAGUACUUCUUCGAGUGCCCGCAGGCCUCGUGGACGGAGCUGGUGGACAUGGACGAGGCGGAGGAUGAGGCCCGCAUUCCCUUCGAUGUGCUGGAGACUUCCGAGGCAGAGACUGUCUUCCGUAACUACUUAAACUCGGUGCAGCAGGACAAGAAGAAAAUUGGAUGGAAGCAGCAAUUUAAAAUGCUACUUGAGGAGUCGGGCUUUGUGACGCCCGGCAAGCAGCUGUCCGAGGUGCGCGUCCUGUUCAUGGGACGCGAAUGCUUUGAGGCGCUUUCGGAGCAUGAUUGCCAGCAGAUCUACGAUAUUCACCAGGACGACAUCAUCGAGAAGAGCAAACAGAAUUUUGUGGAGCUUCUGCUGGAACACGCUCAAUAUUUUCUACAGUUCAAGAACGUUGACAACAUCACGCAGGAAGAUGUGCGCCAGAUCACCGAUGUCAUACAGGAGGAUUCACGCUACAAGAUGCUCGAUCGCUUGGACCAGGAGCGGCGAUUGAUGCUUGUCCAGCACCUGCGCUUCAUCCACUGCCCCAUCCGCGAUCACUGCCCCUUCUUCUACAACUGUGUGGAUAGCCUAAUUGAGGAGGUGUUAUCCGACAAAUCGGCCAGCAACCACAAGACGCCCAGCGGCGGUGGCUGGAAGAGUUCCGGCAGCGGUAGUGACCGCACGCUCAAUCUGCUGAUCGUGGGCUCCGAGCACCUGGCCAGCGAUCUGCUCAACGACAUCCGCAUCUGCACCGGGAGCAAGGGCGAGUACAUCUACGAGAACCAGACGUAUUAUCUCAAUUAUCGCAUCGCCAACGGCGACAUGGAGGCCUUCAAGGCCAUAGAUGUCUAUUCGAGUGGUCUCAUUUGCGUGUAUUCCAACCAGCAAUCUUUUGAGACGCUCAAGGACAACUUGGAGCGCACGCUGCUCUGCAACCUGGAGCUGGAGGACAAGUUCGAGAACCUGCCGAUCGUGCUGGUCUACCAGCCACAGGAUCUCAAGGAGAACGAGGUGGAAUACUUGCGUAACGAGGGCAUGCGCCUGUCGGAGAUGCUGCAUUGCGACUUCAUCGAUCAUACGCAGAAUCACCAGAAGUACGUCUAUGACAUACUCAACAUAGUCAUCCUGUCGCUGAAGCUGACUGAGAUGAAGAGCUACGAGCCGUAUCCCUCCAAUCACACCGACCUGCGCAUCCUGUGCUGCAUCUUCUGUGGCGAUCAGUACGACAUCGAGAACAUUGUCCAGCCGCUGGUGGAGGAAUCGACGCUGGUGAAAGCCAACGAGCACUCCAUCAUUAUCGACGUCUUUAUUGGCGAUGCCAAGCGGCGGGUCGAGUUUAUCCUUUCCUCAUAUCAUGGCACUAGCCAGUACCGCGAUGAACUAAUCCAUGGCUACAUUUACUUUUACUCGGCCAAGCGUCGAUCAUCGUUGGCAAAUCUAAGCAUCCUGGCAGCACAGAAUGCCAACAUUCCAUUGCAGAUUAUCGCGGUGACCGAGAGCGGAGGCGUUAAUGCCUUCUUCAACAGCGAUAUUUGCCAGUAUCUGAUCACCGAGGGCAAUGCGGUGGCCGAUCGCUUCAAGGGCAGCUUCAUGACCUUCUCGGCGGAUCAGUAUGUCAAGUUUGCAUUCUAUAAUCCAUUCCUGAAGACGGCAUGGGACAACAAGUACGAGGUGGAGAACCUGCAUGUGGAGGAGUCAAUUACUUUGGAUUCGGGCGAGGGCACGCUGGAGAACUCGGUUAACCAGAUGCCACGCCCGCCGCCGCGCCAUGAGAGCUAUAUGCUGUCCAAUACGCUGGGAACCGAUGGUUCCGGCAGUGAAAACUACGAAAUGGCUCCAACCCGAUCUCUCAACUCAUUAAAUGAAGAAAGAGAUAUAUCAUUAGAUGAAAUCUACGAUGACAACGAAAAGCCGAAGCACCUGCAUCAAAGAUUCCAGAUAUUCCCUCCUCCAACAACUCCUCCAGAGCCAGCCCCUCCAGAUCAUCAGCUCAUUACAUGCACAUAUAAGAGUCAAUUCGUUUCGGCUUCAGAAUCAAGUUUGGAAGAAAUAACAUCGGAUGUUAGCGGGUCCAAGGAUUCACUGGCCACCCAUGAUGCAGAGUGGCUGGAGGACAAGAGCGAUGGGCGGCGCAACAUGAACAAGAACUUGAUAUGGAACAACUUCAGCGGUUCCACACAUGCCUACACCACCGGCCGACGGCACAUCGACUCCAAUCUGAACAAAAUCCGCCCAAAGGGACCCAGUCAAACGCUCAAAGUGGGCGAGGCGCCCAGUCGCAAUUGCCCGGCCAUGAGCUCCUCCACCUUCACCCUGCCCACCCAGCAGCCGGGCAAGCUGAACAUGAAGAACUUCCAGCUGGUCAGCGAUGCGGUGGCCAAGAUGAAUUUCACCGGCUCCGGUUCGGGCUCCGGAUCCGGUUCGGGUUCGGGCAGCACUGGACUGGGCCUGGGUCUGGGCUCCGGCAGUGGCUGCAUGGGGGAUUCGUAUCUGGAGCCGGGCGACAAGGACGGCAAGCGGUACGAUCAUGCCCAGUUGGAUGGCGAGGAUGAGGAUUCCGAGGAGCUCGCCGAGUAUGAGCAGAUCUACGAAAAUGAAGACUGCACCGAAUCCGACAGCUGUGCCAGUUCCACGGAGCGACGGGUGCGCCAGCAGAAUGCCUACUACAAGGCCAGCAAGAAGCCGGUGGCCGCCAAGAAGCAGAAGAAAAAGAAGGUGGCCAUUCCGGUGCAGACGCCGCGUGUUCCUCCGUUCGGCUCGUAUGUGAGUCCGCCGGAGAUUCCGCUGCACUACCAGCGCAUGGCCAUUGGCGGCGGCGGGCCAGGUGAGAAAAAGAAACCAGAGCCUUGCGUUCCGGAGUUCAUGAAGAGCGACAAGUCGCCAGAGUAUUCGAUGGUGCCAGAGCUGGCGGGUGCCGGCAUCUUCGGUGCAGAGAAUUUGCCCGAGUACAACAUGAACCAGGCCAAGUGCUUGAAGGACUUUGAGAAGCUGGAGAAGCGGCGCAUCAAGGAGGAAACGGCCAGGCAGCGCAAGCUCCAGGAGAAGGAGAAGGAGCAGGAGAAGAAGCUCAAGCGCAAACUCAAGCAGAAUGCCAAGGGCCUCGUUGAAUCCGUGGAGGCGCAAUUUGGCAAGCUGAUGAUUACCUCCGAACAGGGCGAGAUACCCAUUUUCCUCAACAAAUGCGUCGAGUUUAUCGAGAAGGAGGGCCUGGACUCCGAGGGCAUUUAUAGGGUGCCCGGAAGUAGAGCGCAUGUCGACAUGCUGUUCCAACGCUUCGAGGAGGAUACCAAUACUGAGAUUGAUGCGCUGGAUAUUCCCGUCAAUGCCGUGGCCACGGCACUGAAGGACUUCUUCUCCAAGCGCCUGCCUCCGCUGUUCAGCAAGGACAUCAUCAAGGAGCUGGAGGAGAUUGCCGGUUCCCGAGGUGUGGGCAAUUCCAAGCUGAAUGUUGAGGUCAAAACGGACCGGAGUUGCCGCUUGAUAGCUUUAAAAUCGCUGCUCCAGAAGCUGCCGCCCAUCAACUUUGCCAUACUCAAAUACAUAUUCCAGCACUUUGUGCACGUAUCGGAUAACUCGAAGCUGAAUAGCAUGGACAGCAAGAAUUUGGCCAUCUGCUGGUGGCCCACACUCAUACCCAUCGACUUCACCGACAUGGGCCACUUUGAGCAGCUGCGUCCGUAUCUAGAGGACAUUGUCCAGACAAUGAUUGACCAGUUCCCGUAUCUGUUCUGCGGCAAGGACGCUUUUGUCAUGGUCUAGGCCUAGAUCCCCGCCAGGCCAUGGCACACUUGGACUUCUACUUGACCGCCGGACGCGAAGCCAAAACGAGAUAGUUAGAUUCAAUGUGCGUUUGUGUAUGAAUGUGGGCGCCAGUGCCAUGUGUGCCAUGUGUGCUUUGUGUUUUUUGGGUGAUCUAAGGAGCAUAUUAGUAAUAGCCAUAGGGAGAAGGAAGCAGGAGGUAGCAGGAUGAUGCAGGAUGAAGCAGGAGGAGGCAGGAGGCGUUAGCAGGAGGCAGCCCAUCGAUCGAUCGAUUCAUUCAAAUGAGGAUCAGCAGCCAGGCAUAUACAUAUUUAUAAUAGUAUAUAAUAUACUUGGGUCUAUUGUGUGCAUCGUGUGUGUAUCGUGAUUCGUGAUUGUGUGUGCGAGCGUGCGAGCGAGCGAGAGAACAGAACUUGGCUAAGUAGGGUAUAUUUAUUUUUUAUAUAUACAAUAUAUAUUUUGUAUCGAUGGCUUUGUUGUGUUUCCGUGAUAUAUGUAAACGCGUCAAGUAUUUUCUCUGUGUGCUGGUGCGUCCCUUUUGUCGUUGCAUCCAUUGAGUGAGACCUCCCCUCGCCGCCCCCCAUUCCCCGCCCCUCGGCCACCGCCAGUCUCCGCCCCCACCCCCCUCCUCCCCUGCCACCUGUCACCCGCCAUCCACAAACGAUCCUUCCAUUACGAGGGGCGGGGCGGGGGCGCCAACGACAACGCACAAAAAACCAGAACAUAACUAAAAAGUAAAACAAACAAAUGCAAAAACAAAAAGAGAACAAAAACAAAAACAAAAAAAAAACAACCAAGAAAUAAAUGUAUGAAAGCAUGGGGAGAUAUCUAGUAAGAUGUCUGCAGGAAGAUGGUUAAAUAAAAUUUACUGUGUAUCUGUGUAUGUUAUAAAUGUAAUUGUAAUUGUAAUUGUAUGUUAAAAAUAAUGCGCGAUCAGCCAACCAAUUUCCACAUAAACACAAUAGCGAUAAUGCUAGAUAUAUAAUAUAUAUUUAAAUACCACUAAAUGUCUGUGUGUCUAGUAUAGGAGAAAGUAGGCGAGAAGGAGGAGGGGGAGAAAGGACAAGCGUAGAAAGGAGUACACUAUAAACAACACAAGAACAUCAACACAACAACAAGAACAGAAAACCCAAUAAAAACAACCGAGCAAAAUCUAAUUUUCGAGCUAAACUAAAUGUGCAUCUCUCAGUGUGUGUGUCUGUAUAUGUAUGUUUGUCAUCCAACUAGAUAUACACUAUAUAAUUAUAUAGCUAACAUAUAAGCGAAAAACAAAUGAAAAUGAUAAUUACUACGGCAAAGGAAAUCUCCCACAAAAAACUACAAAUAAAGUUACAAAUAAAAACAAUUAUACAAAUAAAAAAAAUAAAAUGAAGCAAAGCGAAGCGAACUCAAGUUUCCCCCACACUCGAAUCUCCACUGAUUGUCUAAUUGAUAUUUGCAUUAGCCAGGCAUAUAAUCCUUAAUGUAAUACUCUCUAUUCUGUCUCUCAAAAACCAAAAGCAAACUGAGUGUGUGUGUGUGUGUGUGUGCGUGUACUGUCGUAUCGAAUUAGCGAAAAAAAACAACAACAAAUUAUACAAUUUCUACUCAUGUACGCAUAUAUUUUAACUAAAAGCGAGCAGCAGAUUUUCCACAAAACGCAAUUUCAACAGGCAGAAGGAACGACUAAGAAAUGCAAAAUCGUAAACAAUUGUAGACAACAUACGCCUAAGUGUUAUUCCUUGUAAUUGAGCAUUAAUUUUUUAUAUACAAACCGAAACCUAAUUAUAUAUAAUUGUGUAUCUUGUGUCUGAAACGGACCUCAAACUCAAAGGAAGAAAAUAACGCGAGAUCUGUUGCCAAACAAAAAAAGAAUAAUAAUAAUAAUACAAAAAAAAACAAAAAACAAAAGAAUUAAGCACUCCAAAUGAAAUUUACAACAAAUAACGAGAGAAAAAGAAAAGAAAAACUUAACCAUUAUAUAGUAUAAUUUGUAUAGAUGUGUGUCUAUUGCAUUAUUUGUACACGUACAUAUAUACGCUAAACUGAAACAAAAACAUAAAAAAAAAAAAACAAAAAACAAGCAAAUAUGUCUAAACGAAACAAAAAAAUGAAAAAGCAAAACAAAUCGAACAAAAAAAAAUUGUAAUUGACGUGAUGUGUAAUGAUAUUUUUAAAAGCAAAUUUUAUGCCACGCCCAUGCCACGCAGCCACGCCCCCUCCCGCCUUUCCAACCGGAAAGGAGAGUCCCCUAUCCACCCAAAACGAACCCAUUCCCGCGCAGAAUCCAGCGAAUCCCCGUCCCGCCCUCCCAGCUCCAUCACUCACCACCUCCACGCUGCGGAUUCUGGAUGCCGGAUACGCCAUGUCUGAUGGGUGACCACCGCUCCACUGGACUCCAUCCGAUGGGCUGGUAGCGGUGUGGAGCCGCCGCAACCAAAAGACGAGAGCGAAAACAUAAUGAAAUCAAAUCAAACGAAACAAAAGUAAUAAAUUUGUGGGCAUUUUCCAAAUAUUUGUGAAGCA